CCAGCUGAGCGCGGCCAGCGGCAGCAGCAGCAGCGUGCGGGCAUGGCUCGUCGCACGCACCGCUGCUUCUGCUACGGCUCUCUGGCCACAUCGCUGGCCUGGGCCCUGCUCAUCGUGCUCUACAUGCGCCUCGCCGAGCCGGGCCCACUACAGCAACACCAACAACAGCAACAGCAACACUAUCAGCACUAUCAUCAACAGCAGGAGUCCGAGGCGCUUGCGGGAGCGGCUGGCGGUAGCGGUCGGCGGCGGCUGCAGCCCAAGCUGCCACGGGAGGCCGCGUGGGGUGGGGACGGCCACGCUCGGAGGGCCCAGCAGCAGCAGCAUCAGCAGCAGCGGCAGCAGCAGGGGUACAGGGGCAGUGGCCGCAGGCAGGAGCAGCAGCAGCAGGGCUCCUCUGAGCUGGGUAUGAUCUACAGUCGAGAGGACCAGGAGACCCGGGACCUGGGCUACCAGAAGCACGCCUUCAACUUGCUCAUCAGCAACCGCCUGGACCCCCACCGCACUAUCCCCGACACACGGCACCCACGGUGUGCGACCAAGUCGUACCCAGCCCAGCUGCCCACGGCCAGCGUGGUCAUCUGCUUUUAUAACGAGGCCGUAUCGGCACUGAUGCGCACGGUGCACAGCGUCACAGAGCGCACGCCUCCUGCCCUGCUGCACGAGGUGCUGCUCGUAGAUGACUUCAGCGACCUUGGAGACUUGAGGGAAGGGCUGGAGAAGGAGCUGAAGGAGAAGUUUCCCAAUAAAGUUAAGCUGGUUCGGAAUGAGAAGCGCGAAGGACUCAUUCGUGGACGCAUGGUUGGGGCCAACCACGCAACAGGUGACGUGCUCGUGUUCUUGGACAGCCACUGCGAAGUGAACGUGGCCUGGCUCGAGCCACUUCUGGCACGUGUGGCCGAGAACCCCACCACCGUUGUGUGCCCCAUCAUCGACAUCGUGAACCCCGACACCUUCCUGUACUCCGCCUCGCCGCUCGUGCGCGGCGGCUUCAAUUGGGGGCUGCACUUCCGCUGGGACCCAGUGCCCUCCAGCCUCCUGUCUGGCCCCGAUGGGGAGAUGGCACCCAUCAAAUCUCCCACAAUGGCCGGGGGGUUGUUUGCCAUGGACCGCAAGUACUUCAACAAGCUGGGCCAGUACGACGGUGGGAUGGACAUCUGGGGUGGGGAGAAUCUGGAGAUAUCUUUUAGGAUCUGGAUGUGCGGGGGGACCCUGGAGAUCAUCCCAUGCUCAAGGAUUGGACACAUCUUCCGCAAGCGACGUCCUUACGGCUCGCCUGCCGGUGCAGACACCAUGUCGCGCAACUCUCUGCGCUUGGCGCACGUGUGGCUCGACGAGUACAAGGAGCAGUACUUGGCUCUGCGGCCGGAGCUGCGAGAGCGCGAGUACGGUGACGUGAGCGAGAGGAAGGCUCUGCGAGAGCGGCUCGGCUGCAGGCCCUUCCGCUGGUACCUGCAAAACGUGUACCCUGAAAUCGAGGUGGGCCGGCCUCAGCUACCCCAGGCCGUCCUCAGCAAGAUGCACAAGCGGCCCAAGCCUGUGCAACGUGGACGGCUGCGCCACCUGCAGACGGGGAAGUGCCUCGUGGCGCACAACGACCCGAGCGAGAAGGGCGGCCUCGUUGUUGUCCGCCCGUGCGACAGUGGCGACAUCGAGCAGGUGUGGGUGUAUAACGAGGGCCAGGAGCUACAGCUGGCCAGUCUCCUGUGCCUGGAUAUGCCGGAGAUGGAGCCACGUGCCUCCCCUCGUCUCAUGAAGUGUCACGGCUCUGGUGGCUCCCAGCAGUGGACCAUGGGGAAGUUCAAUCGGCUUUACCAGGUGUCACUGGGCCAAUGCCUGCAGGUGAAGAGCAUGAUGGACGUGAAGGGGCGUGUGGUCAUGGAGAUCUGCAAUGGCUCAGAGCAGCAGCAGUGGCAGGUGGUGGAGGAGUGAGCAUGGCCUGGAGAUCGACCGUGUCGCCGCACUUGGCACCCAGUGCCGAUGGACAGAGGUACGAGGUUCUUGCCGCCACAAGCGAACAAGCAGAAGCCAAAGGUGUUGUUGGGAGGAGCAAAUUCACUGUGAAACGUAAACUACAACGAGCUGAUGUCUUGGUGGUGCCAGGAUGCUGUAAAUAAGGCACACGUCCUCGGUCAGCUGCAUCGAACUUUGGACUUCAGCAGGGCCAAGUGCAAGCAAAGGAGAAUGAGCACAAAUGGCUUUCAGAUUGGUGCCAGGCACCCUGCAGCACGGUGGACCUCAAUCUGAAGACGAGGGCUGCUUGUGGGCUCCAUGACGCAAUACUUUUAAUACCUGUGAUGCUGUACACAUUUCCUCAUAACAAUGCAAGGAAAGACACAUACAUAACACUGAGGUAGGGUUGUUUAGUAAACGUUUACAACUUGAAUAUUUCAUCACCAGCUGUUUAAGCUGCCAAAUGGAAUGGCUGUAGUUAAUUUCCCUAAAUGUGUUAAGUGAUUUUAAACAGUAGCCUUUUUACAAAAUUACUUAAUGCCAAAAAGGUGCUUAAUUUAAAACACCGUAAGUAUUUAAUUUUUUUAUUUCCGUGCAUUUUGAAAUGUAAAUUUCAUAAAAAUGCCUUUACCAGUGUUUUUAAUGAAAGUGUUGCAAUGUACCUUGUGUGCGAAUCUCAUGUCGCGGCAGUAGUUCUUGUAGGUGAAUCAGCGUAACUGUGCUCUGCAAAAUGCUUAAUAAACGAUUUGUAAAUGG